GCGACCAUUUAGUCCAAGUCCCUCCCCUGUAACCUCAUAACCUCUGGCAAAGCAGGAUGGCUUUGUCAUAUCUGCCUUGCACAGGAUAUCACCACCCAACAUCUUCCUCAGCUGCGAGGCAGGUAGCAUAGGGAUGUACCAACACAAGCCGGGCUUAAGGAGAAGAUGAGUGCCUUAGGCGAAACGCAGAUUGAUUUCUUGGAUAAUAAUGAGUGCUCAGAGGAGAAGAUAUCGGCGGACAUCUUUGACCCCCUGGCACAUGAGGAAGACGAGGCCUUAAGGGAGCCUCAGCCGUCAUGUUCCGGCGAACACCUGAAGGCUACCUCCAAGUCCAAAACGAAAGGCAGAGAGGCCCACAAACCUUCCUUCCCCUGGAAAUUCCUCUUUCCGAAGCGGGGCGUCUCCAAGCUCAUUUUCCAGGUGGUGGCCUCGGGAGAGAAACGUCAUGGCGUCUCCCUACAAGCCCUCAAGAAGAGCGUGGCGGCCACCGGAUACGACCUCGAGAAGAAGAAGAACUACUUCAAGAGGGUCUUGAGGGCCUUGGUGGCCAAAGGUGUUUUGCGGAAGCUGACUGGCCGAGGGCUCACGGGCUGCUACGCCAUCAGCCGGAUGAUGACGAGGUUGCUGAGGAGGAGGAGCCAGAAGAGUAGGAGAAGGGGGAAGGGGAAAGGGAAGGGGAAGGGGAAGGGGAAGGCCUUGCCAGAUCUCAAGCCGAAGCAAGUACCCAAGAAGAAAAAGAGGAAGAGCAGAAAGAGGAGGAAGAAGAAGACCAAGAAGAUGACAUCUAAGCCGUCUGACUUGCAGAGUCCUAUGCUGAUGACAGGUUCCCAUAGCUGACGCUGUGUGUAAGGAGGAAAAAGAAUAAAGUGUCGUAUUUGAAGUG